AUCUGAUCUACUCGUAUCAAUUCCCAAGUAUUAGACUUUGCUAUGUACUUCCGCAGCUGUACUCUAUCUGUCCUUAGUUGCAUUCAGUUGCUUUGUUAUUUCCACCUUGUGGUGUGGCACCCUGGCUGCCGGCAUUUCUUCAGCAUACUUUUAUAGCUGUGCUACAGCUGCGACGAACCUUGAAGGUUUCGUCAGAUUGUUGCCAUCACAUGUUACAACGUUGUCGUAUUAGCCUUGAACAACCUCGCAAGCAUUGUAUCGGCCGUGAAAAACAUCGUAGUCUUAUCUAUAUCUAUCCAUUCUACAUGUCACGUCGCCCCAUCCCCCGGCAGCCAUGAAGCAAUCACAGCAAGAAAUCCAUGUCGGCGGCUACAGCGACGGCGCGCCCUCCUCCGACGGUCCUCCUCCUCACCCUCAGCCCCAGCCUGCCCCACGCCGUCGUCUUAGCUGGCUUCGCAUCGUUGUCGGAGCCGUCAUCGGCGUCUGCAUUCUCGUGGGCAUCAUCAUGCUCCUCAUCUGGCUCAUCUACCGUCCCCAGACGAUCGAGGUCGCCGUCGACCGCGUGACGCUGUCCCGCUUCCUCCUGAACUCGACGACGAGCCCGCCGGUGCUCUCGUUCAACCUCACCGCCGGCCUGAUCAUCACGAACCCGAACAGACGGGCGUCCGUGAAGUACCACCUGCUGCGGGCGGAGGGGAUCUACCAGGGCCAGCGCUUCGACCGGGUCGCCCUGCCGAUGUCGUCCCAGGGAGCGAGGCGCGCCGACGCGGUGCGCGCCGUGCUCGAAGGGAGCUCGGCCCUGGGUGGCGGCAAGUCGCCGGCCGGCGUCGGCGCGGCCGGCAAUGAUGAUGAUGAUGAUGAUAACACGACGGCGGUUUACCCCGUGGACCUGUGGAUCGACGGCGUGUUGCGGUACAAGUACGGCGCGCUGAUGACGACGUCGGCGAGCACGCUGUCGGUCAAGUGCCCGCUGCUGCUGCAGCUGAUGGUGCCCUCCAGCAGUGUCGUGUGUAUUGUGAAUGGAUGAUCGCGCCUGGGGGAUGCAAGAGCAGGGUCCACGUGUGUUCCGUUUAUAUUCUAACCUCCAAAUCUUAAAUCAAUUUUUGAGAAAAAAAACUAAUAAAUCACUAGUGGCCUAGAGACA